UCAGUCUCAAGGAUGCAAAUCCAAAUUCACAGUCUGCCUAAAACUUCUAACCAAGUCAGGGCCCUCACCUAUGGGUAGGUAUCUGGAGAGAACGGAGAAAUGUCUGGGCAGAGAAGUCAAAGUAUCAGAAACCUGGAUUUCCUUAGUGGUCGUGAGGUUUCAUGACCCCAUUUGUGUAGAGGGGGCAGGGUGACUUGUAUGAAUAUGACGGUUUUCUCUUUCUUUUUACAGAGGCAAUCCAAAAAUUAAGAUUGGCGAGAAGCACCGAGGAGGUGGGGAACAUGGCCGGUCGUUACAGACAGCUGGGUCCCUGCAAACUCUCUCAAGCCCAGCAAGUGAGGAAGCAAAACCCGGGUGCAGGAAGACAGGUGGCUCCCCCGCCAAAGGACGAAGACCCCAGGGUGAAGUGUAGGGACUGCGGAGCCUUUGGGCACAAAGCGAGGAGCCUCAGGUGCCCCAUGAAGCGCUGGCAUGGGGCCCUGGCCCCCCAGCCCUUGGGCUCCAAACUCGGCAAGGAGAACCUGGAACCACGGAAGCUGCAGGACCUGCAGACCCCCGGGACCCCUAACACGGCUGAGAGAGAGAAGAGUGAAAGGCAAAGGAAAGAAGAGCAGCAGAGGAAGCUGCUCCAGAGAUUUCCCAGGAAACCCCAAGGGUGGCGGCAGCGGUACUGGAAGGAGGGGACAGAGUCCUGCCACUACCUGAGGCAUCCAAACAUGCCCACGCUCAUCCAGGCAUCCAAGAGGAAACCCCUCCAGGAUCCAGAUCUCCCAAGUAGGUCACCUGUCAGGAAAGAUGACGGGAAAUCCACCCACCCUGCAGUGUCUCUCAUCAGCAGAAGUUUGGUCCAGGACUCCAAAAGCAGCAUCAAGGCCCCAGGCAAGAGAUCUGCCCAGAUCCCCACCCAGACGUGUCUGAACCCCCCAAAGAAACCUAGACUCAGCCCCAUCCAGACUCCCCAGAAGAGCACUCUGACAGCACAUCUGGGGGCUUUCCAGAAUCUCCCUCCUCCACCCAGUACAACUGGACAUGGACCCACAGUGACCCCCCAAGUCAGCAGGAAGACACCUGCCCAGGGGCAAAGCCUUGCCCUCCAACCUCCACUGGACAGAUCUCGCCCCAAUAGUGUCCAAGCCUGCGCCAGAGACCACCCUCCACCCACCAGCCACGUUCCCGGCCAGCCUCUCAGGAUGCUCUUCGUGAGAGUAGACGAAGGCUGGUGGAGCUGCAGGUACGUGGAGCCUCCCGCCUUGCCUGGUCCUGAGCAGUCAGCCCCUCCUGCUCAGAGCCCUCCCACUGGCAAGGAGCCUGAGGGGCACUGGGCCCCUGGCCCCCGGAGUGUCCUCUACGAUGACCUUCAGGUGUCUUCUUCCUCUGAAGACGGCGACUGGGAGGGACACGCCUAUGGCAACUAAGACUUGUCCUCCAGCCCCAGGUGCCCUGGAGGUGACUGUGGACUUGAGGAGGGGGAGUCACAAGGAGCAGCUGUUCCUGGAGAAGCAGCGACCCCCACCCCUGGGGGGCGAAAAGACGGUGGAAACCCAGACAAGCCCCAGGGACACACACGUGCACGCACUGCACUUUCUCCUGAUGGAACUAGAGUCAUCUGUUAAAUGGUGCUUAUCGCACAGGGAUGUCAAGUUGUUUGUCAGCCUGAAUCUAUUUUAAGUAAUUGAGGCAAAUUCUAGGAGUAACUUUUAGCUAUUGUGUAAAUAGGAAGCUAUGGUAGUAAUCUGCAUUUGGUGCAAACGUCUGAACUUUUGGAACCUGGCUAAAGGGCCCAACUCUGUGCUUUGCAGAAGGUCAGCAGUGUCCUGUCCUGAGAUGAGACUCGUGGACUCUGUGGAGUCUUUCACUGUAAAUCAUGGUGGGGACACUC